AGCAAUAGACCGCCUGACAGAAAGCGAAGCUCGAAUGUAAAGAUCAGCGUAAACGGAAUUUAUCCGCCUUCAUAGAGCCUCUAUUUAAUCCACAUCGGAGGCGACAGAAUGAACCAAGACUCUUCAAGAAAACUACAGACUGCAACAAGAGAAAAACUCCGGAAACUGAACUCUCUGCGCGGACGACAGGUGCAGCCAGGUGAGUUCUGGGAUGUUGUGGUUGUUUCUGCUGCGGACAGAAGUCAGAAAGAAUCAUACGAGCUGCAGAUCAGAGAGAAAACUGACAGAAAGGAGCUUCCACUUGGAGUUCAGUUCAAGGUUUUCUCAGAUCCUCCUGGUCCUAAAAUAGGUAAUGGAGGCUCCACUCUGUACGCUUUGCAGCAGCUGAAUGACAUAUAUGGAGAAUCUCUGAGCAGACUGAGAGUCAUCCUGAUCCAUGCAGGAGGCUUCAGUCAGCGUUUACCCAGCGCCAGCGCUCUUGGAAAGAUCUUCAUGGCCUUUCCGCUGGGUGAACCCAUCUACCAGAUGCUGGAGCUCAAACUGGCCAUGUACGUGGAUUUCCCGUCGCAGAUGAAGCCUGGCGUCCUGGUGACCUGCGCAGACGACAUUGAGCUCUACAGUAUAUCUGAGGACGAGAGUGUACAGUUUGAUAAACCGGGUUUUACAGCUUUAGCUCAUCCUUCCCCACUCCAUGUAGGAACCACACACGGCGUGUUUGUGUUGGAUCCACAUGAAAAGUCUUCUUCCUCUGACGUGGAGACGAUUUCCUGUCUGCGCUUUCUGCACAAGCCGAGCCUCAACAAGAUGCGAGACAGUGGAGCUGUUUGUAAAGGGCAGAGCGGACUGUUUUCUGUGUCCGGUGAGGAAUUUGUCUACACAGAUAGCACCUAUUAUUUUGACUUUGAUACUGCAAAGUCUCUUCUAAAUCUGCUGAAAGAGUUGGGACCUUUAGACUGUGAGAUCGAUGCAUACGGAGACUUUCUUCAAGCUCUGGGCUCCAAAGCCACAAUAGAUUACACCAACAACACUGCUAACGUCACCAAAGAAGAGAGCAGUCUGGUGGAAAUCCGACAAAAGAUCUUCCAUCUCCUCAAAGGAACGCCUCUGAACGUGAUUCUCCUCAACAACUCCAAGUUUUACCACAUUGGAACCACGUCAGAGUAUCUCUUUCACCUCACCGAGGACGUGGCGCUGAGGGCCGAGCUUGGCCUCCUGAAUUCUGCCUUCAGUUUACGUGAAACCUCUGAAACCCCUGGCUGCUGUGUUAUGUGCAGCGUCCUCGAUCCCAGUUGUUCUGUGGGAGCUGGAUCAGUGGUGGAGUUUUCCAGACUGGGAGAGGAAGCGUCUGUCGGCUCGGGCUCCAUCGUGAGCGGCUGCUGGGUCGGUCCGGGCCUCUCAGUGCCUGAUGGAGCCUUCAUGCACUCUUUAUGCGUGAACCACCAGGAUAAAAUCAGGUUCGUUACUGUCUUCUUUGGGAUAAACGACAACCUGAAGCACAGUGUGGACGCUCCCGCUUCAAUGGACGAGCUGAAACUUUGCAGUGUCGGCCUUUCACAGUGUCUGUCGCACUGGGAGAUCAAGAACGAAGCCCUGAGGUUCUCUGGCGAUGCUUCCAGCUGUAAUUUGUGGAAUGCUUGUUUGUUUCCUGUUUGCUCUGACCAGCAAAGCUCUUUCUCAGUGUCUCUUAAGAUGCUGCAGGCUGUCCUGAGUGGUUCUACCAACCCUUUACCCAAAGACACGAAGCUAAUGUCAGUGCAGGAGUGUUUGCAGAGUAAGAACCUGGAGGAGAUGCUGAAGCUCAGGAAGGUACUUUACACUGACAUCACUCAGAGAAGAUUCAGCAGCUAAAAGAGACAUUUUAACAGAUUUAGAUCAAAGUUUUAUGUUGUCAGUUUGAUUACUGUAAAUCGUUGGUGCACUGUGUGAUCAUUCAGUGUUCAGUAGAUUUUUUUGCCUGUCAGGACUGUAAGCUUUUGUCAGCUUUGUAAAGAUUAGUAUUUUGUCAUCCAGUUAAAUGUGAUACAGCCUUUUGUUUCAUUUUUUGGGGGAAAUUUAAUGUGAUUUUUGUCAUUUUAAAUAGAUACAUUUCCAUAUUAUUUCAAAACUU